CUUACAUGUAUAUAUUCACUGGCUGCCUGUCCCCGACAUAAUGACUUAUUCAAUAUAAUUCAAAAAGCGCGCGCGGUGCCAAACGUCAGGUGUAGUUGUGUGGUGGACCGCCAGAUGGCAGACACACAUGUCAACAUGGAGCUGAGGUUGUGUCUCCUCUCACAGCUGCUCAAGAGAUUACAAAAUCAACAUGAUCCAACAGAAGGAGAGGUGUUUGGAUUAACCACAAAUGAGGGUCAGGUGAUUGCCGUUGCCUUGGUCGCAAAGUUAGAGGCUCUAAAACACGACCUCUCUCUUCUAUUGCCUGUACCUCUCACUUGUAUUGGAAGGUUUCAAGUUUGCAAGGGAAAUCAUGCCGAGCCAACUUUAGAGGAAGGACAGUUUGCAAUCAUAUGGGACCAACAAGAGCUGCACAUUUACAUGCAGGAAGAACAAGGGGUAUCUACUGGAGAAUACAUUAUUUUAUCACAAGAAGAAUUUAAUGAAAUUUUCAUUCUUGCAAAGGUUCACUUUUCCCUUGACCUUAGUUCCAAAAACACACCAUCGUCUAUUAGGAAUGUGAUUCAAAGCUUAACAGAGCAACUUGAAUCGCCAUCAGCUUGCUUUAGGCUACAGAAUUCUAAUUUGUUACUACAGAAUAGUGAGGAGGGAAUAUUGUCACUAGGAGGCUCGGUCACCGAUGGCACGGAGACAGUCGGAUCAGCGUUUAAAGGCUCUGGAAAAAAGAAGACUUCACAUCAAGUAGCUGCUUACCAGCUUAUGCUAAAUCGAAGUUCAGUAGAGUUAACAGAUGCUCCAGUAAUUCGCAUUGAUAAUAGAAAUGCAACUGUUUUAUCAACAAUUUUUAAUGGUGAAGCUAUUGUGUAUUUAGAAAAAUCAACUCAGGUUUGUUAUGUAGCUGAGCUCUUGGCACAAGGGGUGACUCAACAAUUGCAAUUGGCAGAGUUUUGGAUGAAGGAACAAUUGUCGGAUAAAAAACUCCACGGAACACUAACAUCAUUAAACUCUCUGCAUUAUAUUUCUGGCCAUGUAGUUAAUGUUAUAUACCCUGAUGAUGUUGAUGAAAGAUAUUUGGAAACUUAUAGAAAAGCCGUCCAUAAAGCUUUAGUGUUUCCUUUUGAUCGACCGAUGGUGAGAAGAGCAAAUCGAUUAACACCCGCACCUGGAAGCAAGUCGGCAGCAUUGACAAAUACACACGUAGGUUUAAAACCUUCUACAGUCGAUGGGGAUGUCAGAAUUGUUCCAGGUACCUAUGGGUACCACCAUUAUAUGCAGAAUCGUUUUGAUGAUAACAAAUGGGGGUGUGCCUAUAGGUCUCUUCAGACGUUGGUGUCAUGGUUUAGGUAUCAAGGAUACACUGAGAAACCUAUUCCCACACAUGCAGACAUUCAGAAAUGUUUAGUGGACAUUAGUGAUAAACCGUCCAGUUUCCUUGGUUCACGUCAGUGGAUUGGGUCAACUGAAGUUGGUUAUGUGCUUGACAGUAUGUUCAACAUCAGCUCAAAAUUCAUUUUUGUGAGUAGUGGAGCCGAGUUGGCUAACAAAGGACGUGACCUCUCUAUACAUUUUGAGACUCAGGGAACCCCAAUUAUGAUUGGAGGUGGUGUUCUUGCUCACACAAUCAUUGGUGUGGACUGGAAUGCACAAAGUGGUGAUAUAAGUUUUCUUAUUUUAGACCCCCACUAUACAGGCUCUGAAGACCUCAGCACAAUUCAGAAUAAAGGCUGGUGUGGUUGGAAGGGGCCAGACUUUUGGGAUCCAGCAGCCUAUUACAACUUGUGUCUGCCUCAGCGUCCAUCUUGUAUAUAAUUAAAAACAAUUUACUAGAUAUAUUACAAGACGAUAUGGGUUCUUAGGCAUCUAACAAUAUGGCAGCCAUCACUGUUAAUUUUCAUAAAUUUUAUCAAGAAGGUUUACAUGUAUUUGGUAAUUUAUUGUACAUAAUAAUUAGCAUAUGGGAAGGAACCACAAUGGGGCCAAACCUGCUGUGUAAAGCUUCUCCAAAGUGUUUCUAUUCUUUCAUUUCAGCCUUAAUUGGAAGACCAUGCAAACUUUUUUUUCUAAUUUUUUUUUUUUUUUGGGGGGGGGGGGGGAUUUAUUAAACAAAAACUCACAAUUGGUUUGCACAUACUGUAUAACAAAAAUACACAAGUGUGUGCACUCACACAAUUACUGUACAGUAUUUAUAAGUUUGAAAACUGCUUAGUUUGAAAUAUGAUUGAUAAAAUUUACAAGUGCAUUUUCAAAUAAAAAUGAUUGAAUUUUGAAUACUGUAUGGGACAGGAUGUAUAUACUGCACUGCAUUUGAACAUAAUAACUAGUCAUUUACCUUUUUCUUUUAGUCAUGGAAGAAUAUAUAAUAAUUUUUUUGUAUUGGCCUCGUAUACAGUUCAUUUAGCAUUUUCAGUCAGGUUAUAGAAGGAAGUACUUGGAUAAUUUGAUCAUCUUACAGUUCUACAGAUGUAUGGUUAAAAUGCGAAUAUAUCUAAAGCAUGUUUUACAAAAUUGUGUUCAUUAGUGUGGAUGUCACACAGGUGAAACAGAAAAUGUUAGUUCAUCUUGCCAUAUUCAUUCCAUACGCCAGUGCCAAGUUGAGUGAAUAUUUUAGUUGUUAAUUGUAAGCCCACUUAUGGUGGUGUUGUAGCAUGUGCUGGGUGCAACAUCAAUCAUAGAAAAGAGGUAAAUAGGUUAGUUUAAGUUUAUUUAUUUGUGCUCGCGCUCUCUGCAGGUGCUUAGUUCAUUUUGUGGUUUCCGUACGUAGAAUAGUGGUAAUAGCUAUGUCACUAUCCAUGUGUAGGGUAAGUCAACCUUGCAUAUACUAGUUACUGUUGGUUGCACCAGUACAGAAUUUUGAUGGGUUUGAUAACUUUUUAAAAACUUUUUACAUUUUUAUGAUAAUUCUUUCUGCAUUUGUGACUCACAUAACCCAGUACUGUUUUGUAUUCAUUAUUAUUAUUUUAAGCAUUUUAUUAAUAAAAAAAAACCAGUGGUGAUGGAAAAGAU